AUGGCCAUGCACGAGAUUGCAAAAUUCCAUUACUUCUGCAACACAUGGAUUUGGAAUAAUAAGCAAAGGCUUCUUCUAAAGGCGGUGUCUGAUUUAUCUUCGGAAAUAGAAAAGUAUAUAGCAUUAGAAUCUUCUUCUACAGUUGAUGAUCAAAUCAAGCAAGCAGAGUGCGAAUGCUGUGGACUCAAAGAGGAUUGCACCUCAGAUUACAUCACAAGAGUCAAGGGUUGCCAUUGUGGGAAAUGGGUCUGCGGUCUUUGCUCUGAGCCUGUAAAUGAGAGGUUGUAUCGAGCUCCAUAUACAGCCAUGCAAGAUGCAGUGAGCUUCCACAGGGAAUUUUGCCAGCAGUUCAACUGUACUACGAGACUCAACCCCAAACUCUCAUUGACUUGUGCAAUGAGGGAUAUAGCAAAAAGAAGCCACGAAAACCGAAGUUCCAGGAACUUGUCAGCACCAAAGAUUGCUAGAAGCAGUAGCUGUGUCCCAAAGAUAGAUUUUAAACACUAA